AUCAUCAUAUACUACGAAUGUGAAUAUAAUAUAACAAUACAGAUUUAUACCAAAGCUACCAGACAAUUCAUGGUAAUCGACCGAGAAUGUUGACGUUAUCCGGUUUCAUUAUCGUCCUUUUCGCCCGUCUUGUUUCAGGAGGGCCAUGUGAUAAUAUCGUCAAUGUAACUUCAUCCUGGCCAGGAGGUUAUACCACUGCUCUUCUGAUCCCAAUUAAGACACCAAUCACCAAUUGGACGAUGAUUAUAUCAUUUUCAUCCGUUCUUACAAGUUUACAGGUUUGGUCUGCUGCAUCAACGUCAACUAAUAAUAUUCAAUUUAAACUGACCAAUCUCAGCUAUAAUGGAGUUUACAGCGCUGGGGCUAUACUGAGUGGUGUCGGGUUUAAUGCCUACUUUAAUUCGAAUGCCAAUCCCGUACCUACUGUUUCAAGUAUUCUUUUUAAUGGUGUCAACAUUUGUUCAACUGUUGUUUCCUCGUCAACUACGUCUAAACCAGUGACGACAACUACUGCUAGACUACUUAGCACAGCCACUACAGCAAAGCCAAUGGCAACUACGACUGCUAAACCCGGGACAACAGCAACAACAAAGCCAAUGACAACAACUACGACUAAACCAGUGACAACAACCACAGCUAAACCCGGGACAACAACAACCGCAAAAUUAGUGACAACAAUUAAACCAGUGAGUACGACGACAGCUAAACCAUUGAUAACAACUACGCCUAAGACAGGAUCCACUACAACAACUAAACCAUUAACAACAACAACUAUAAGACCGAUCAACACAACAACUGUUAAACCAGCGACUACAACUACUCAGGCAACCACAACUUCAAGCACUGGCUUGCCGACUAAAUACAAUUACCGCGAAGUAAUCACCAAAUCUUUGCUCUUCUACUACGCCCAGCGCUCUGGGCGCUUGCCAGUAAACGAUAACCCCAUUCCAUAUCGUUCAGAUUCGGCACUCAAAGAUGUCGGACAAAACGCAGAAGAUCUCACUGGAGGAUAUUACGAUGCUGGAGAUCACUUGAAACUCGGCUUUCCUUUAGCCAGCGCUAUGACGAUAGCAGCCUGGUCAAUAAUUGAUUAUCCAAUCGGAUAUUCUUCUGCAGGGCAAUUGACAACAGCCCAGAAUAUGGUGAAAUGGGCUAGUGAUUAUUUAAUUAAAGCCCAUGUGCAACCCAACAAGUUUUAUGGGCAAGUGGGCGAUGGUACUCUCGACCACAAUUACUGGGGACGUCCUGAAGAUAUGACUAUGAGUCGACCGGCUUAUUUCAUUUCUACAGCAAACCCAGGGUCUGACUUGGCCGGUGAAACAGCUGCCGCACUGGCCGCAACUUCAAUGGUGUUUGCGUCAGUCAACAGCACUUACUCAGCUCUCUGCUUGACACAUGCAAAGCAACUGUACGAUUUUGCCAAACAAUAUAAAGCGAAAUAUAGCCAGUCUAUGCCACAAGCGGCAGCUUUUUACCCAUCAAGUGAUUUCGGAGAUGAAUUAGCUUGGAGCGCAGCAUGGCUCUAUCGCGCUACCAACAAUGUAACUUACCUUAACGAUGCUAAGGCUUUUUACACCCAGUAUGGACUCUCUAACAAUCCAUCGGAGUUCUCGUGGGAUUCGAAAACGGCCGGAGUGCAGGUUUUGAUGGCCAAGUUGACUAACGACCCUCUGUACAAAACCGCAACCAAAACAUUCUGUGAUUCCAAAGUUAACCAACCAAAGACACCCAAAGGACUUUUGUUCAUCAGCACAUGGGGAUCAUUGCGUCAUGCAGCGAAUAUUGCCUUCGUCUGUCUGCAGGCGGCUGACCUCAACAUCAAUCCAUUGGCGUAUCGCAAACUGGCGCAACAACAAAUUCAUUAUGCGCUUGGAGAUACAGGCCGUAGUUUUGUCGUGGGUUUUGGAGUUAAUCCGCCGUUGAAACCUCAUCAUGCGUCCAGUUCAUGUCCGAAUAGACCAGCUGUUUGUGAUUGGAGCACUUAUUCCUCAACUGCACCCAAUCCCCAGGUGCUUUAUGGAGGUCUAGUUGGUGGUCCAGAUAGCAACGACAAUUACACGGAUGAUCGGAGCAAUUACGUUACCAACGAAGUAGCUUGCGAUUAUAACGCCGGCUUCCAAGGAUCUGUAGCUGCUUUGCAAUCAUUGGCUGUCCAAGGUGUUUUCAACUAGAAUACAAAUUUACAAGAUAAGACAGGAAUUUGUUACACAACUAUAUUAUAUACCUACAUUUUAGAAAGUAUAUUUUACUCUUAAUUCUGCAUGGUUAUCUGCUACAGUACUGCUGAUCUUGUUGGUUUUCUUGGAAAUGGGAUUUAUUACUAAAGGUUAAAAAACGCCUGCAUUUGUGUGUUCUUGAAAAGUUAAAUAAAAUUUGGUGAUACAUUUCUCAAA